GAUGGAAUAGCCACAUUUUAAAACGUCAACUUGUUCGACAAACAUUACAAAACCAUAUACCCAAUGUUGUGUGUUGACUAGCAUGUAUCAAACUAAUAAAAGUAGCCACGAAAUGUUUUUAACACUGUUGCAUUGUGGGACAGAUGAUUGACGCGGCCGCCAUUUUCCCGCUGGACGCUGCUUCCCAUUGUGGAUACGAAGAAGAAAAUAAGAGACAAGCGAAACAUUUCUCACGACUUCUACUCACUUUUCCUCUAGGUGAUCUUUAGUAGCAAUGGCCCGUACCAAGCAGACUGCCCGUAAGUCCACUGGAGGCAAAGCCCCACGUAAGCAGCUGGCCACAAAGGCAGCUCGCAAGAGUGCCCCGUCCACUGGUGGAGUCAAGAAGCCCCAUCGCUACAGGCCUGGUACUGUUGCUCUGCGUGAGAUCCGUCGUUAUCAGAAGUCCACUGAGCUGCUGAUCCGCAAGCUGCCCUUCCAGCGCCUGGUGAGAGAAAUCGCCCAGGACUUCAAGACUGAUCUGCGUUUCCAGAGUGCAGCCAUCGGAGCUCUGCAGGAGGCCAGCGAGGCCUACCUGGUGGGUCUGUUUGAGGACACCAACCUGUGCGCCAUCCACGCCAAACGUGUCACCAUCAUGCCCAAAGACAUCCAGCUGGCACGUCGUAUCCGUGGGGAACGCGCUUAACCACUCUCUGCUUCUUGCUUUGUCUCCAUCCCUCUUACCCUCACCUGCUCCCUACCUCUCUCCCUGUGUUAGUAGUGUGUAGAGGAAAACUGAUUAUAUUAUGGAUAAAGUGUAUAGUCGUGUUUUUCUUAGUGCUCUUUACAGCAGAUUUCUAGGGUACUCUCUUUUUGUGCAUGUACCAACUUUUUUGGUGAUGAGAUCUCCUCAAGCACACAUCUCCUAGUUUGCACUGUCUCAUGAUUUGGAUAGAAAAAGGAAAAACGUGGACUAGACCAAGUUUGGGAGGGACAGACAGGAGUAGAGGUUAGGUAUGUGUCUGCUGGGGGACUCAUGUCUCUUUUCUGCAGCAGGGUGCUAGAAGAACUUACCUGGUCCUCUUCUCCUGCUCUCUAUCGUCCGCCAGCCUCGCUCAGAAAUGUGCAGUCUCUUCUCAUGAAGGCUGAGGCUGGAUUUUCUGUCCCUGUGUGUGUGUGUGUGUCUGCCUGAGAGUUGGCUCUGAUCACCACGGAAUAUUGCAUACAAUCCAUCAGCAUCUUUGGAGUUGAUUUAUGAUUACCAUAUUGAUCAUUGCUGUCAUUCAUCAUGUUAGGUUGUUUUUUCUCCCUUCCAAAUGAGUCUCACGCAAAGGAUUUUCUUUUCCUUUUUUUCCUCUCCUAUUUGUGGAUGACGUGAAGAUGGGGGGAUACAUUUAGAUUAAAACACCUACAGAGAACAAAAACAAACAAAAAACUGAUUUGAACAGAUUUUUUUUUUCUACUGAAAUGUGACGCCACUGACUCGUUUCGGCACCAAAGUUUGAUCCUCUUGUCGAUUCUGUUUUCCUAAUUGACAGAAUAGUUUAACCGCACCUGUUUUUGUGGUGUUCAAAUUGGUUUCAUCUAAUUAUUAAAAACCAAAGCUUGAGAGCACCAGUAUAGUGUCAGAGAUACUUUUGUAGCAUUGGCUUAUUUUUUAAAACAAGGAACCUUUUUAUAACAAAGGUUCAUCUAGGUUUGUAAAGUUCUCCAAAAACCAAACUACUCAAAGUGUGAAUAUUUUUUUUUUUUAACAAAAUAACUGAUUAAAAUGUGAACAUUCAUUGUAAAUCAGUGUAACAUGACAAAUAAUACCAGUCAUGUUUUCUGUAAAUGUCCCCCCUUUGCUUCUAUUUUUUCUCUCCGUAUCAGUUGAACGUCUGUACACAGUUUCUCAGGUUGACUUGUCACCCUUUUAACUUAAUUUUUAUUUUUUUUGCUCAAUUUGAUUUUCUUUGUCUUUCUUUUUUUGAAAUGUUGAGGAUGAUGUUUCAAUUACACAAUGUUUGUAAUUUCCAGAUUUGUCAUAUAAGGUGGUAAUAAAUGGAUGUUACACACACU